AUGCCAAGCAGCCACACGUGGACGACAAGUAGUGGGGAGCUGGGAUUCCUGAGCGACACCGACGAGCUCAAUGACCGAACUUGGUUUAUCGAAGAAUAUAAUCGGCUCGCUAAAAAGCACAACGUCCGGUUGUUGGUGGUUAGUGACUUUGGGCGGCACACAUUUGUGUCUGUGAGUAGUGAAAAGCGAAGCUGGCUAUCUCGUCUCCUCCGUUCCACGUCGACACACGCAGCCUCGACACCCCCUUUAGCACCGAUAAUCAACGAUCAAGCGCUUCGACGACGGCGCAGCGUUUCUGGGUUUGCACAGAGUCUUGUCGGGGGAUCCUAUCCGUCUACGCAAGAGCUCGAUCUCCAGGCGAUGGUGCGGAUUAGCGGGAAGAGUGUCCUCUAUCUACCUCAAGACUAUACCCCCGGCUCACUCGUGCUUCCGACAUGCAUCCGAGCUACGGCGCAACAUCUGGCACAGAAUCCGGCUACAGGGGGUAUGUUUCGAAUACCAGGGUCAACCAAGGCCGUGAAUGCGUUGUUUGAAUACUAUUGCAGGACUGAGAAGGGAGCAGAAGGCGUGUCAGGCACGGUCCGAUGUCCUACUCUUCCAAGCCAUUUCGCUACGUCCGUGCACGACGUAGCCUCGACUUUCAAAAGGCUUCUGGCUGUGCUUCCAGGAGGUCUAAUGGGAUCGUUGUCUCUUUUCGAUGCUCUUGUGGCCACUCACUCACAACUCGCCGGUAAACAAGAGUCUCCGCGUACAAAGCAAACAAAAGUCCGAGCACGAAUGAUAGCCCUUGCUAUCGGAACCGUGGAGUCGCAGUUUCGACGGGGGCUCAUUUGUGCAGUUUUAGGGCUUCUGAGUCUCGUUGGUAGAACUGCAGAAGAAGCUCCGACGGAAGAUGAUAACGGGAGACCGUUGCCAACGAGCGAUUUGAUGGGAUAUAACGCACUCGGAAUUAUCUUUGGGCCUUUGCUGCUUGGCGACUUGCUGUCGCAAUACAAGAUGAAUGUCGCAACUCCAGCAUCGGGACUACUACUUCUUCCAAUAUCGCCGACGAAAUUACAGAAGGCACAGAAGGUCCGCCGCAAACCAUUUGCUGGACCACGCAAGGAAGCUCCGAAGACACCGGUCGUGGACAAGAUACACAUUGCAAACGAUAUCGCUGAGAUGCUCAUCUCAAAUUGGCGGGAAAUUGUCAGACAGAUGAAAGCAAUGGGUGUGCACCAAUCCAAGCCGACUUCAGAGUCCAAGGCCGAUGCGGACCGACCUCUUAUCUCAGGGCCAUCGGCCACUAAGCGUCCGCAUGAUAGCAUCUUUGACAGACGCGACGCCGAUGGCCAAGUUUCCAGGGCCAUAAGUCCUGAACUAUCCAAGCUUGCCGGUAUCAACAUGCACAUGCCUAAGCCCCAGUCAAAGAAGGGCUUGAGUUCCACGGGGCUCCCAGGCAAACCUCUUGGCUCUGCUUUGAGUACCAUGGUAGAGGGUGAACACGUGGACGAUGGCGAGGCCAGCUCGUCGUCGAGUCUUGCUCAACGCACCGAGAGCGCACAGUUAGCCAGGUCUCUGCCUGCCACCCCGACUCACCAGACACGCAAAGAACAUCAAAGUCCUUUCAAUCGCGUGCAGAACGAGCAGUCCGAGUCCGGACGCUGUCGCCAGCAGUUGAGCGGUUGCGGUAGCCCUGGGAUUCCCAUGGAAGCCGUGCCUCCUCGUACAUCAUCUAGGCAGCUCUCCCCUAAUGACACACCAACCAAAGGCCCUCUGGACGCCCCAAAGGAGUCAUCAGAUCAAACUUCCUCUCUCAACAUUACAGAUUUCCUGAAUCCCCAAGCGGUCUCAUCCGACCUGCCAGAUCAGAGCGAGACAUGUUCUUCCGAGCUCACGAAGACGGCAAGCUACGAAGCUCCUCCCGAUGAUCUCGAGGCUCAAGGGGGACUUCCUGCAAAAGCCCUCAACCUUGGUCAGGCUGAUAAGGCGGCAUCAUUGCCUAAAACAUCGAUACUCGGUCCGCUACCUGUCAAUGUCAGGCAGACUUCAGAUGCACCUAAAGAUGCAGAGACAAGUCUCGAGCUUCCUACCACGGGGUCAGAGCACCUUUUACAAGCCAAUAAAUACAAGAGCGAGAUGUCCCAAUAUUCACACUCGCAGACUCUCAAGCCCGUACCUCGGUCCUCAACUUCUAGUCCGCUUGGACACCUGUGGAACCCCAUAAGGACGGCAAUCCACUCGACAGGGCACAAUCAAGUACACACAUCAGAGGUCACGCCUGGAUACCGAACAGCUGCUGACGGCCAGGCACCUAGAACUCAACACAUGGUACCCGAUAUCUCUCAGACGCCCCACCCUUGGUCCUAUUUGAUGACCCGCGGCGACCUAGCCCUGGACCAUCCCGUUCAAAUAGAAGUGUGCGGAGUUGAAUCAAUGGAUUCCAGGAACAUAUUUUCUGGGAGGAUGGAUGGCACAUCUAGUGAGCUUAGUAUUGGCAAAGAGGCUUCCAUACCGAAAACCUCUGAUGCAGAAAGCAAACAUUCAGGGGUUCGAGCAAUAGCUGCGAAAUUCGAAGGCGCAAACAACGACCCGCAAGUUUUCGCCUCUCAACACGAGCAGGAUUAUUGGCCGAAGAGUCUCGGAGCUAUUGGCAAGCAUCGACCCCCUAUCAAGUCAGCGCAUUCGACCAAAGCGGCAACAAUGUCAGAGAAGAAUGACAGCCCUUCAAAACACUCUUCCCCAUCCAAAAGCCAUACGAAGAUGAUCUCAAGACUACCACGUAUGAUUUUGAGUCGACAGCCGGGGAGUACAACAUCGGGAGGGCGCUUCCUUGUCAGCGAUAGCGUGGCGUCACGCGCCACGGCCAUCAAGGGAGCAGAGGCAAACAAACAGGACCACUUCAUUGAGAAGAAGCCUCCUCCGAGAUGCAGGUCGCCUCAAAACCUCCCAGGUUCUCAAUACCACAGACAUCUUAUUGAGCCGAGCCAGCAGCAUGGUUUUGCGAGUUUGGGGACGUGGAUGCCUCACCGAGAAGAACCUCCGGUGGCACAACACCUGAAUUAUACGAGGCCAGAUUCGUCCGCCUGCCAGCACGAGAACCAGGACUCAACUGAUCUGAGUAUUUUGUCCCCUGUGCCUCGUCGCGGGCGGACUACAUCCAUGCACAUCCAGAUUCGCAGCCUACAGCGUCAACUGGAGCUGAAGACUGAAGAGAUGCUGUCUCUCCGACGCCAGAUCGAAGCUCAUGAGAACUCAGACGUGGGUACAUUGAGCGAACAACUCCGCGAGACUGCACGGGAGUCACGCAUGUGGAAAGAGCGGGCGGAAACUGCGGAACGACGAAUACAUGUGUUUGAAAGAUUCGCGAAUAAGUUGAAGAGCGUACGCGAGGCUGAUGUGGGAGAGUGA